AGUGAUACAAAGUGUGUGCGUGUUAUCAAGUGUAAUCAGAUAUGCUAUAGGAGUAUUGUUUGAUGUAUCAGUGUCACCAUGUUUUUAAGAGACAGAAUGAUGACAAAAUAGGAAAGAGAUGGGGGGAUUGAAUCCUGUUACAGUGAAAAAGGACGUUUUACAAUGGAUUUGAUGACCGAUCUCUCUACGAUAUGUCCGGGUCUCAUCGACGAACUGGAGGCCUAUAUGGCACCCGUAGGGGACUACCCGCCGGACCGGAGGCUCGGGAACCACCAACUGCCCGAGAGCCCCCCCGACUCCGGCUCGGAGAACCCCUACAGCCCCGACACCACCCACAUACCGGUCCUACCAGAAUACGUGGUCCCCUCGCACCUGCAGGAGCUGGUGCCGGGAGACUACAUGUACGAGGAGCUGAAGGACAACCUGGAUGUUGUGGUGAUGCCGGGAGAGGUGGAGCUGGGGGGUAGGCUAGAGGGGAUAUAUCCUAGGUAA